AUGGCGCAGCUGAGUUCCGAUGGCGCAGAGGGGGGUGUGUUCAGCGCACUAUCGGAGAAGGAGGCAAUCGCAGCGUAUGUUUCGGCCGCCGGCCAAGUGUUAGAGCGCCGGCUUCUUGCGGCCGGCUCUACCUUCUCAAAGCGGGGCCUGUUCAAGCGCCAGAUCACGAACUCGACCGGCGGGGAGAAGGAUCAGGGGGAUGUGUGCACCGACUUUGCCAACACUGUCACCGUCCCCGAGACCGGCGGCGGGCUGUACCCGCACAGGUUCACCAGCCUCGAGGCCCUCCACGACCUCCGGUGCAAGGAGCCCUUCAACCUCACCGCCAUGCCAGGGAGCGACAACAACGAGCGGUAUGGCGGCUGGGCCAUGCAGAGCAGCAAUACAUUCUUUGUCGACGGGCAGUACGACCCAUGGCGCCCCGCGACGGUCAACAGCCAGGUCCCUGAGGGUCAUGGCCGGAUGAGGACGGAGGAGGUGCCGUUGGCGGGAGAGGUGUUGAAGGGUAGUAUAUUUGCGAUGGUGGUUGAGGGCGGGGCGCAUUGUCCGGACCUUGGCGGGGGGUGGAAUCUAUCUGGGAAACCGGCGUUUGAUCUGUGGAACAAGGCAUUUAGCAUGUGGCUGCCGGCAUUUCAAGUGCAUAAGGUGAGCAAUGUGACGGCGGGCCCUGGGGCGGGGUGGAGCAGCAGAUUGUGA